GUGUGUCCUUUGCAGAGCCAAUUUGAAAUCAGCUGUUUAAGUUGGCUCUGAUGCAUCCCAGCAGUUGAAAGCUGCGCUGUGAGCCAGGCAGUGCAGAGCUUUCAGAUCCUCUCCUGCAGCAGCAGCAAAGUGAAGGCUGGAAAGAAGAGAAGUUAUACAUUUAUCAGCUAGAGUUGCUCAUGUUAGUAUAAGCUGUAAUACAUUUCUUUGCACUUUCUAGCAAUCAAGUUCCAGUGACUUAGUUAAGGAGCAGUCAAGAGAAAAGAUGAUUGAGUUGGGUCUCGCUGAUGAGAGUCUCAUCGAUGAGCUAAUGGAGCUGACAGCACAGAGCAUCGGAGAGCUGGAGAUCCAGGAGCACUUUAACAUCGUUAAGGAGAUUGGCAGAGGAAAAUAUGGCAAAGUGCUCCUGGUCACACAUCGUUUUAGAGGAACUCCAAUGGCCUUGAAAGUGAUGCCUAAAUCCUCAACUAAGCUGCAGGGAUUUCUGCGAGAGUACUGCAUUUCUCUACACCUGUCCUGCCACCCCUGCAUUGUGGGCCUCUUUGGCAUUGCCUUCCAGUCUAAAGAGCACUACUGCUUUGCCCAGGAGCUUGUGAUUGGGAAGGAUCUUUUUGCAGUCAUCAAGCCAAAAGUUGGUAUCCCAGAGUCAUCUGUCAAACGCUGCGUUCUCCAGAUCGCCAGUGCUUUGGAGUUCAUUCACAGCCAUGGUCUGGUCCACCGGGAUGUGAAGCCUGAAAACAUCCUCCUGCUGGACACCAACUGUUGUCAGGUCAAACUGGCCGAUUUUGGCCUGGCCCAGAAGAGAGGAACACUUAUACGCUUCAUCAGAGGAACCUUGCCAUACAUGGCCCCAGAACUUUGCAGCGUGGCUCUGCUGGACAACCAGAAAGAAGUGACAGUGCCUCCUCUGAGUGUAGAGCCAAGCCUGGACACCUGGGCCUUUGCAGUGGUUAUCUUUUGCAUCCUCACUGGUUACUUCCCAUGGGAGCACUGCAUGGAUUCAGACAGCUUCUACCUAGAGUUUGCAGACUGGUGCAGGAUGAAGAAACACUCUUAUAUUGAAGAGGAUAUUCCUCCUUUGUGGAGGAGGUUCACUCCAGAAGCUAUGGAGAUGUUUGGUAAGCUUUUGGCCCCAGAUGCCUCAUUGAGGAGUGCAGUAGGAGAAGUGAGAGCCUAUGUGGAAAAGGACUGGCUGAAAAAAGACUAUGGAAACCAGCUGUUUUAGAUGAAUUAACAGUGUGUGUCUCAUGGAAGCAUGUUCUGAGAAAAAGAGUGUAGUUUUUAAUAAUUUCCACAGACUUUUUAAGACAUUUCGAAUCUUAGAAUCUUAAGGAAUCUUUUCACAGAUGGCCUGAAUUUUAUAAUCGAAAGCAAAGAAAUCAUAACUCCAUAUAUAAUCUUUAUAACUCAAAUAAACUGCAGUUGAAGAAGUCAAUUCAGAGAGGUAAGACAAUUUACCAACAUUUCUACUGUGAAAAAAGAAGCGAACAUUGUUAUAGCUGAAAAAAGUUCCCCAUCAGUAGCUUAUAAUGUGGAUUUUACAUAACUAAAAGGUCGUCUGAGGAAAGACAUUACUUUCUGAGAUAGACGCUUAAACAUAAAAAGGUUUAAGCCAACUGAAGGGAUCAGCUAAUAACUGUAAGCUACUUUAAAGUUAGCAGAUGUAGAUAGCUUUUUGACUUUUUGUUUUUUUCCAUGAAAACGUCUGUAUUCUUUGCUUGACACAAAUAAAACAAUUUAAACAAUAUUGUCUUCUGUAGAGGCAAAGUGGAAAAAAUAACAAUUUCCUUCUCAAUUAUCUGACCGUUAGUGACCACUGAUUACAUCCCUGACUAUGCAUUAUAUCAGGAGAGCCAGAUAUUCAUAUUAUUGUUUUACAUUUUAGAGGUUAACCAGAUUGCAAACAGGUCUUAGAAUACAUUUAGGCCAAUUGAACUAAAUGGCAUGUUCAGAACACUUUCACUGAUUGAUAUAAUGAGCAUUGCCUGCAGGGCUUUAUAAUGAUAGAAUGCAUGUGGAGAAAGCCAACAGGAGUAAUAUAGAAAACAGCAGAGCUUAGCUAUAUUGUUUAAAAAAAGAGGUGUUAAAUAAUUUGGAGGAAAAUAUUGAACUGACCUAGUAUAAACCUUUCUUUUGAAUAAAAAGUUAUUAUAUUUUAUUUUUUGCUUUUUAUGUGAACCCCAUUGAUUAUGCAUCCUGUCUUAAAACUAUUGAAAAAUAGAAAUUGAUAGACCCAUCACUCCAUCCAGACAGCGUCUUGCCCACUCAAAUCAAAUGAA